GCUAGGGUGUCUAGGCCUUUUUUUCCUACCAUCAUAUAGACGUAUAUUCAUAACUGGGUAUAUGGAUAUGUAUUUUUUUUAAUUAAGCCAAAACACUUGUGUUUACAUGCGUCGAAAAUACACUCCUAUGUAUGUGCUGAGCUCCAACCCAGUGUGGGUGUUUGUAUAUAGCGAUCGAAAAGAAAAACUCAAACUGAAGUUGUGGCGACGAUCGUCAGCCGUCGACCGUCGAUCGCUGAUCCCAGAGAGGGACGACAUAAGUCGGACGCAACUCCAGCCUGCCACACGCGCCUCGAUCGCCAUCUCAUCUCGUCGGAUCGAUCGCACAAUAGCGAAGAAAUUAAGCCGCUUUGUUUGCACACCGCUUGUGCAUAGAUACCUGACAAAAGGAUCCUUGACGACAAGUUGGUCCCCCAUAGAUAACUUGUUGACACACGUACAAAAGAGGUGGCCCCUUGAACUAGACGGGAUGUGGCUCUCAUCAACCCCGGAUGAGUAGUCACGUCUCGAAUCGGAUCGAUGGUGAGCCAUUCAUCACGAUUCGCGCAGAGUCUCUAAUGCACUAAAAAUAAGAAAUAAAAAAUAAGAAAGAAAGAAAAGUAAGAGUCCAGGUAAACCUGCUUCAGUCCGCCCAGAAUUCUCGAUCGGUCAUUCGAAAAGCGGCUUAGGCGAUGACGGAUCAACUGCUGAGCUCCGCGGCCAGUGCUACGGGGGAUCCCCCGGCGGUUCUGGUGCCCCUGCCCGCCUCCACAGGUGGACCCUAUUUGAGUGGUGGCUCCGAGGGCGAGGCGGAUCCGGCGGACCAGCCCGUCCUCCUCGAGCUGGGUGCUCCCCAAUCCGCCAGCUGUCCAGCAGUCAGUCUCAACUACACUUUAACCCCCGACGGAGGAGGUUUGCUGGCCUAUGCGCCACACGGCCACCCGCACAGCUACUCACCCGGCUUGAUGGAGCCACCCAAUUUGGGCCUGUUGCCACCACCCACAUACAGUGUGAUCCCCCAGCCGGUGUCGAUGUGGCAUGCUGCCGGUCAGAUGGCCUCCGGUUCGCCGGUGGCUCUGGAGAGCAGCAAACCCAGUGAGCUGGUGCCACCACCCAUUUACAUGUCCUACGGCGGCGGUAGUAUCGCCAAUAGCACGGAGGUGGAUAUCUCCAAGGAACACAAUCCCGCCUGGCGCGAGAAGGCACUGCAGAUGGAGAAGGACUAUAGACGCACCGCCUGCGAUCGGGAGAGGACCAGGAUGCGGGAUAUGAACCGGGCUUUUGAUUUGCUGCGCUCCAAGCUGCCCAUUUCCAAGCCCAAUGGAAAAAAGUACUCCAAAAUUGAGAGCUUAAGGAUUGCCAUUAACUACAUCAAUCACCUGCAGGCCAUGCUGCGAGAGAGUUCUGGGGCUCAAAAUGGCGGUGGAUGCUGUGCCUGGAGUGGCGGGAGUAGUUCACCCUAUGACAAUGCCAACGACCAUUGGGGAGCGUAGCUUAAAACAAAUAUUUUAAUGCACUAUUAAGGAUACAACUCCUGGUAAAGGACCACCGAACUUAAAUAAUCAAGAUAUUUAAGUUUUAUGUGCAGUCAGCCAAAGAAAAUUCACAAACA